AUGUCGAGACAAGCCAUCUGUGGCAGCAUGUCGCUGCGCAGGAUCGCCAUCGAAGCUCUGCGCACCGACUCGGCCGUUGCAGCGACUCGCCAGCCUCUGCAGAAACGAUUUCGUAGCAGCAGAGCGCCAACGAUCGGAUCCCCUGCCGGCAAGUCUAGCGUGCCGGCAGCGCAGCAGAUCCAAGACUCCUUCAAUGCCUACCAGAGCAGGAUGGCCGAGCAGCUAGAAGAAGGAAGGAUCAAUGCUACUCUGCGCAAGAUAGCAGAGCCUGUCUUUUGCUUCCCUUCAGAGCCUGGCAAACCCUACGUUCCUCCGGCCAGGAUGAGUUUCCGCAAGCCAGAAGGACUCAGCAUGACGGACUACGCGAAAACCCUCUUCACCGACAUUGCUGCCAAAGCCAUGUCAUUUCAAGCGAAGAGGACAGCAAAGUCAAUACUCGGCAAAGCUUGGAAGACGGAGCUCGAGACGGCCGCAUCGGAGCUCUAUAUCCUCAUGAGUCAAGCACUAGCGAGCGGCCAGCUCGAGUCCCUGACUGGUCGCGUCACGCGAGACUUUCACGAUCGUCUCACUCGACAGAUUACCCAGCUGAACACGCGCACCCAUCCGUACCGAUGGGAACAGAUUGGCAGUCCCACCGUCAAGAUCAUCGCAGUCGAGAACACAACGAAUCCCGACUUUUCAGAUCCGAACAAUUAUCUCAGCGAGACUGCCAUCCGAGUCGCGCUCAGGAUCACCUGCGAGCAAAGAUUGGUGCCCCUGGCUGGAUCGCCUGCUCUGCCAUCCUCUGUGCAGACGUUCACCAAGGCGGAAACCAACCUGCUUGCUCUGAGAAGUAUUGCCAUACCGGGCACAAGGUGGAAGCUGUCGGGAUAUGCCGUCGAGCGUCCGGCGCUCAGAGAUGACGAGCUGGCGGAUAAUCUGGCCAAGAUGAGUGCACUGACGACGAGAUAG